GAAACAACACGUAUUUGUCGCUCUCUUCCGCGGCUUUGACCGACAUGGCUGGAAACAGUUUUAUGACGGUCUCACAGUUUGACGCCAAGCUGGUCGACGUCUUUAAGGAAGACACCGUCGAUCCUAAAUUCUCGGCCUUCGAUCUGGACAUGAACCAAGGAACAGUGACUCUGCAUUUGUCCGAGUCUGUAUUCGUAACCACUCUUGUUCCUACGUUUAUUAGUGUCUUGAGUAGUGCGUCUAGCUCGACACCAAAUCAUACACUGACAGGUGGUUCUGUUACGGGAGAGAACGGGCCGACGGCAACGAUACGGCUUAGUAAGUUUGACGAAAAUGCGAUAAAGGCUGAUACGAAAUUGGCAACUAAUGAGAAUAACACGUACAUGUCCGUCGAAUCGUCGGCUGUUCGAGACACCAGCAACGUGAGAUCUAAUGCUAUUCAACCGUUGAACGGUCUACUUGUGCGUGACUACACUAAGGACAAGUCAGCGCCCGAAUUGGAGUUUUGGGACUUACGUUUGAGCGCUGGAAAUGUUCUUCCUUUGAUCAUUGUCUUGAGGUUUACGGAAACGGUCAAUCUGACGUCUCUGGACGUGUCCCUUAUCACUCUUCAUUCUGGAAGUAACGGUUCGUCAUCAAACCAGUCCUAUACUCUGACCGGCGGCAAUUUAUCUCAGAAAGUUUUCUCUGUCGUUGAAAUUGAAGUGACUAGAGACGAUUUGGACGGAAUAAAGGCUUUGGAUCCGCUUCUGUUGUCACGGAAUACGUCGUUUCUUUCCGUCAAGGGCGGAGCUGUGUUGGAUAUGGUUGGUCUUUCACUGGUUGAGAUUGCUGAGACGAAUGCUACUCAGGUAUCUGAAUACACUGCUGAUUUAUCCACACCUGUCUUGGAGUCAUACGAACUGGACAUGAACAGUGGGACGUUGAUUCUUACUUUCUCUGAGAUAGUAGUGCUUUCCUCGUUUACUCAAACAAAAAUCAAGUUGCAGAGUAGCAGAUCGUGUGAUUCUGAAUUUUAUUGGUUAACGGGAGGAAACGCCACCUCGGUCUCUCCAUCUACGAUCUCCGUGGAGAUUGUCACCAGCGAUUUUAAUGCGAUCAAAGCGUUUGACCUCCUCGCUGCAGAUGCUGAUUCUACGUUUAUAUCUCUACAGAGAGGUGUCGUGACCGAUCCACCAGAAAAUGAAGCUGCUGCUAUACCUUGCGAUCAACCUUUAAGGGUAGCCACUUACGUACCGGAUACUACCAGACCACAGCUGCUGUCGUACGACGUCGAGACCAACACGAAAAUGAUAACCUUCAGGUUCGACGAGAGCGUCAACACGUCGUCGCUCGAUCCGACGAAACUCACAGUGCAGAACAAACAAGCGUUACCGUCUGAGUCGUACACUUUAGUAGCUGGAACGACUACGUCCGCCAACGGUCUAGAAAUCGUGCUGCAGGUCAACAUCACCGACAAGAAUGCCAUCAAGGCGUUGGGUAACCUAUUUACCUCAGAAAACAACACUUAUAUUAGUUUCUCGCGGGAAUUCAUCAAAGACAUGGCAGGCAACGGCAUCGUCGCCAUUUCUAGGAACAGAGCUCUCAAGGUUACUAACUUUACUGAAGAUCUUUUCCAACCGUAUCUUCAGUUCUUCGAUGUCGACAUGGAUAGUGGCAUUCUCAACUUACAGUUUGACGAGACCGUCAAUGUAUCAUCCUUGGAUACUUCGUUGGUGUGUCUUCGCAGUGCGCCAAACAAUUCGUCGUUCUCGCGAUGUCUGAGCUCCUGCUCGAUGUCUCUGUUGGAUCGUGCGCUUGUUCCUUGCGUCUUGCAGCCUGAUGAUUUGAAUUAUCUCAAGCGAGUUGGAAUCUGUGCUGUUGCCGCGGAGUGUUAUCUCUCAUUGGCUGAUGGCACUGUGUUGGACAUGGUGGGGCAUCGAUUGAGAGAAAUUUCUGUGAACAACUCGAUGCUAGUUCGGAGGCAUACUGCAGAUACUACUGGCCCGCAGCUUAGCUCAUUCUAUUCAUUCGACUUAUCUGCUGGGACAAUCACGCUGCGCUUUUCGGAGACGGUCAAUGCUUCGUCUCUUAUGGCGAGUGCGAUGAGGCUGCAAAGUCUGUUCGAACCUCCAUUUGUUGGUGAGAAGACCUUGACAGGAGGCGUCACAAACAGCACCGACGGAACUGAAAUUGUCAUCCAACUGACUUCCGAGGACGUUGUUGAUAUCAAGUCUCAGCGUUAUCUUUGUACACGCCGAGGCAACUGCUACAUAACGCUCACUAAGUCUUUUAUUUCUGAUAUGAAAGGUAACGAAGUUGAUGCCGUUACUAACGGACCCCCUGGGAAGAUCGCAGAGUUGUUUGUCGUCGACAAGAUGCCACCGAAUCUCGUGUCUUUCCACCUCGAUUUAAACAGCAGCAAACUGAGUCUGACGUUUGAUGAAGCUGUGAAUGUGGACACACUCGAUGCGUCGCAGAUCGCAAUCCAAAUGGCGGAUAACACAAACGUCACUACCACACUGACCGGUGGUUCUUCGAGUAGUCCUAACGGAGAUGUCGUCCUUGUGGACUUGCUCAAAGUCGACAUCGAUCGAAUCAAAGCUGCAGGAUACGCCAGUUCGGCAAACGACACGUAUUUAAGUCUAUCAAGCGAUACAGUACAAGACAUGGCUUUCAGUCCUAAUAAGGUCAACGCCAUUUUGUCAGGCAUGGCACUCCAAGCUUUAUUAUACACGGAAGACAGUAUUGCGCCGGUGGUCGAUCGUUUUACUUUAGACAUGGAUGCAGAUGAGUUGAUUGUGACGUUCUCUGAACCAGUGAGACUAUCUAACAUUAAUGCGACUUUCUUCCAGCUGGACUCAGGAAUGGGAUCGACAUACGGGCUUACUGGAGGCUCAAUCGUCACUUCGGAUGACAAUCCGGGUUCUCUUGUGAUAACGGUAAAACUCACAGAGGACGACAUUGUGUUUUUGAAGUUGAAUAAAUCUAUUGCUACAACACGCGACGAUACCUUGCUCACUGUAUUGGGUGAUCAGAUCUAUGACAUGGCUGGUAAUACUUAUCCAACUACAUCCAUGAAGAAGGUGGAAACCUUCGUGAAGGAUGCUACCCCGCCAACUCUUACGAGCUUCUCGAUCGAUAUGAAUGUUGGACAAUUGAACUUGACGUUUAACGACGUUAUUUCUUCCAGCUCGUUUAUGUCAACAGCGUUUACAAUCCAGGAUGCCAUGCGUGCAAAGAGCCAAUACACACUGAAGUCCUCGACUACUGAUAGUCCUGGUGGAUACGAUCUCGUCGUCGAUUUGUCUUUGGAAGACGUAUUUGGCAUGAAAUCGGUAUUUGGUUUGGCUAGAGACGUCACCAGUACGUACUUGACAAUGAGAGCUACUGCGGUGGACGAUCACCUGGGUGUUGACGUCAUUGCAGUGACUGACGGCAACGCGUUUAACGUCAGGUCUUACGUCAGCGACACUACCCUCCCAGUUCUUCUCAGAUUUGUUCUGGAUCUAAACGCGGGUACGCUCAGACUGGAGUUCUCUAAAGCUGUAAAUCGUUCCACGUUUGAUGCGCAGAAACUUACUCUACAAUCGACCUCUAACAUUACCGACGGCAGCUGGAGGAAGAUCAUCGGUGGGUCCAUAGCUCAAACGGACGAAGGUCGAACACUGACGCUAUCUAUGCUUGAAGACGACCUCAAUCCUAUUAAGAAAGAUCUUUCAUUUGCGACUAACGUUAACAACACGUAUCUUUCACUGCAGCAGGCGGCUGUUCUGGACUUCUUUUCGAACGAGCUGUCUGAAACUCCAAGCGGCGACGCCUUACAGGCCGCCGAUUUUAUAGCAGAUCGAAGCGGUCCUGAACUGAGGAUUUUCGAAUUAGACAUGAAUACGGCUGUCUUGACACUGACAUUCUCGGAGACGGUCAACGCGUCUAGCGUCCAACCUGACCAGAUUACGAUUCAAGGGGUUGUUAAUGCUUCUCUUCAUGACAGCUCAAUAAGAACACUGACUACUAGUACACAUUCGGAAGAAGACGGCACAGUCAUAUCGAUCUACCUGUCUGACGUGGACGCAAAUGCUUUGAAACUCGACCGGUCUCUCGCCGUUAAUAGAGGGACAUCAUUCCUGUCGCUGACUGCUCUAACUGUUCGAGACAUGAAUGAUAACUUGGCGGUCGCUAAGUCUUCUAUGGUUGGUCUGCGAGCAAGACGUUUCCGGUUGGACAGGACCGAUCCCUCUCUGGUCUCGUUUGAGUUCGAUCGAAAUGCUGGAACUUUGAAAUUGACCUUUACGGAAGUGGUCGACGUCGAGUCUUUCGACUUUUCUCAAAUCACCGUUCAAAGGCACAAGAGUAGACAGACAGAUUACCAUACACUGACAGGUGGAGAAGCGACGGCCCACGGACUGGAGCCGGUUUAUACCCUUAAGCUAACAGUCGACGACCAAAACGAAAUCAAGAGGAUAGACAACAUGGCAAUGGCUGUUAGCAACACUUACCUGUCUCUUACUACUAAUGCAGUUUACGACAUGAAUAAUAAUUUCGUGGUACCGUGGCUUGCGAAUGACAGUCUCAGAGCAUCACGGGUGAGAAACGAUACCACUCCACCUCUUGUAGCAUCCUUCGAUCUCGACAUGGACGCUUUCUUGCUAAACAUCACGUUCGACGAGGUCGUUCGCACUUCUACGUCGGUGAUCGACAAAAUUUGGCUGCAGAGUCGUAAUGUAUCGGGCUCUAGUUAUCAACUGAAAGACAGCACACAUUCAAGCGCAAACGACGUUUUUGUGACGGUCUCUUUGUCUGUUAAUGAUGCAAAUGCGAUCAAGCUUGAUAGACAGUUGGCUACAGAAGUUGGAAACUCGUACUUGAAUCUGACGUUUGCCGCCAUCGAAGACAUGACUCAGAAUGUCAUCAGCGAGAGAGAAUCUGCGGUCAGAGUAAGUGUCUUUACACCGGAUACGACAUCACACCAGCUGAAGUCGUUUAACUUGAGUCUGGACUCGGAACAGCUUACCUUGUCGUUUGACGAAGCGGUCGACGUUGCCACUUUGAAUCCCAGCUUUAUAACGUUGAGAAAUACUGCGGCAGGUAUCGUGUCGGAAGACUAUAAGCUGACGGACUCAAGCACGUCCAUCAGUUCGAAUGGUGACAGAGUCGUUGUCGAUAUCAGUCUUGGUGAUCUGAAUGCUAUCAAAGACUUCACGUCACUCGCUACUUCUAUCAACGAUACGUUCUUGCAGAUUGGCGAAAAUGUGAUUCGAGAUAUGAAUGGUAACCGAGCUACACCCAUUGCUGUCAAUUUCCUUCAGGUGUCAUCGUUGAUCUCGGACACAACUCGGCCACGUCUUCAGCAGUUUGAUUUAGAUAUCAGCAACUUCACUCUUCACAUGUUCUUUUCUGAGACUGUCAAUAUCUCAUCUUUUGACGUAGAGAAGGUUACUCUGCAGAACUCGAGAGGUAACCCUAGUGAGCGAUACACGCUGACAGCGAACAGCACCGCUACGCGACCGACUUAUAGUUCAAUCUUAGUUUCUAUUGGUCGGACGGACAUGAACGAGGUCAAGAUUCUUUCUGGUUUAGGGACGUCUUCAGCCAAUUCGUUUAUAUCUAUGAGUGACGUAGCUGUGAAAGAUAUGUCUGGAAACCGACUUGUUACCGUUCCGGUCGAUAAUUCUCUACAAGUGCGCAACUACACCACAGAUUCUAUCAGACCCGUUCUGACUUCAUUCGACAUUGACAUGAAUGAUGGACGCGUGACUUUCCACUUUACAGAAACCGUGAACGUGACUAGUUUCGAUUUAACCGAUGUGACCGUAUUGAGUCGCCCGAUGAAGAACGCAACAGUUGAAUUCAGCCGUCGUCUGAACGGCGGAACCAUUGAAAGCUCGAACGGACCCGAUGUCGAAGUGGUAAUGUUGCCUGAAGAUCUCAAUGAAAUAACGAGGAGGAGGUUCUGCAUGUCGAGUGAUAACUGUUAUCUUUCCAUCACUGCUAAUGCUGUGAGAGACAUGUUUGCCAACUACAUUAACGAAGUCAAGUCACAGUUCGCCAUUAGAGUUUCGACACACAUGGUCGAUAGGAAAUCCGCACUUCUUGCUCAGUUCACGUCAUUUGAUUUGGAUAGUGGCAUUUUAUCUUUGCGCUUUUCUGAGACCAUCAAUAGUUCUACGGUUCAACCGACCGGUCUGUGGGUGCAGAAUUACUUUAUGUCUCCCAGAGCUCGUGUGUAUCUGUCUGGAGGCACUGUUAUCAGCAACGAUUCCACUCUUGUUACAAUUCAAUUGACUAACCAAGAUCUCAAUGCGAUAAAAUUGAGGACGUCUCUUUGUACGGACGAAACGAAUUGCUACGUUCGUUUGACGCCGGACUUUGCCGAAGAUAUGGCGGGAAACAACAUCGAGGCUCUGAACGUGACGGCCUUCGACUCUCAUCACUUGCCAUUAGUUUUCACUGACGAUAUCACCAGUCCUCAAGUCGUUGCUUUUGACAUCGACAUGAAUGCAGAAACCGUGACACUGUCGUUUGACGAGACGGUCCAGGUGGUCACCACAGAGCCUACAUCUAUCACAAUCCAAAACGCGUUGAAUGCGACCGAGAGCAGAACGUUGGAGUCUAGCGUUAGAACCACGACAGCAGACGGAACCGAACUAGAAAUAUCGUUCUCACUAGCAGAUCUGACGUUCAUUAAAUCGUUGACGUCUUUGGCGACAAACUUGAACGAUACCUACAUUACUUACACCAACAAGUUGAUCAAAGACAUGAAAGGUAACGAGAUUGCAGUUAGACGGAACGGUGUGAACGCCCUCGAAGCAAUCGGCUAUGUUGAAGACAAGAUAGAGCCGACAGUCGAAUCAUUCUCUGAACUGGACAUGAACUUGGGACUGCUGUCCCUCUCUUUCUCUGAGCCAAUUGACAUCGAGUCGUCUAUUCUAUUUGAUGAUAUCAGACUGCAACGCACCGGUUUAGGUAACGGCACGUUUUACAAUCUGACGGGCGGGGAACCGGCUUACGGAGCGACGGACAAGACGGUCGUCGAGCUGACAUUGACAGCUGCCGACGUGAGAGAAAUAAAACUGAAAACUGAUCUUGCAACGAGACGGGAGGACACGUUCGUCGGAGUAGGCUACGGAACAUUUGUUGAUAUGACGGGAAAUAGAGUGAGACCCGUGAACGUAUCCAGUGGUCUUGCGGCUGUGAAUUACAUCAAGGACUCUACGUCGCCUAACCUUUUGACCUUCAACUUUGACGUCGAUUCUGGUGUGUUGACAUUAGUUUUUGACGACGUUGUGCUCAGUUCGUCUUUUGAUCCUACGGGAAUUACAUUGCAAAACUCUCGACUCGGAUCUGACGCUUCUAACAAGUACACUCUCACCAGUGGAGUGUCCAACAGUCCGAACGGAUACGAGAUUGUCUUGAAUAUUACUUUCAAUGACUUGAAUGAGAUCAAGAGGAGAGACGGAUUGACGACAAGUCGAGACACGACUUUCCUGACGCUAAGAUCGGAGACCAUCGAGGACGUCGCAUUCGUUCCCGUCACAUCAAUAGUUACGGAUCGCGGUCAGCAGGUCGUCAACUUCACUGCUGAUACGACAAUUCCCUACAUCGAGCGAUUUAGCGUCGAUCUGACGGAGGAAGUCGUUAAGCUACGUUUCUCGGAAAUGGUUGAUAUCAAGUCACUUGAUGCGACGCAGAUAACAUUGCAGGAUUCCAGAAACCGGACGUCAAACACUGUCAAGUUUACCCUUACUGGAGGCACACCAACGCCAAAUGUUUCCGCGGUAGAAUUCUCUCUGUACUUCACUCAAAAGGAUCUGAACUCUAUAAAGGCCCUUACCCGGCUAGGUACGGAGAAAACCGACAGCUUUAUUGUGGUAACUUCAUCCACCAUACGGGACAUGAAUGGCAACCCUGUGAGAGAAAUCACCAGCGAGGACGCCUUGCAGGCGGUCGAUCAUACGGACGAUUUCACGUUGCCUGAAAUAGUUUCCUACGAUCUAGACAUGGACGAAGGAAUCCUGCUGUUUACGUUUUCGGAGACGGUCAAUACGUCGUCUCUGAUUACGUCACGUAUUUCGAUACAAAACGCAGUCACGCGGUCUGCAUGGUACACUCUCACCGGUGGUGGCGUCACGCUCAGAGACAGCACCAAGAUCAACGUUACUAUGACGGUAUCGGACCUCAAUGAGAUCAAGAGUAGGCCUGCGUUAGCUGUUAGUAACUUGACGACGUACUUAGCCGUCAUGACGGGAAUGGUUAAGGACAUGACGGGCAACAGCAUCGCCGCUCUAGCAAACGGGGUUAAUCCACAAAGAGUGGCCACGUUCACACCGGACACCACAGUCCCCGAUCUAGUCUGCUUUGACCUAGACUUGACACAGGAUACAUUAACUCUUCGAUUCAAUGAAACUGUGAAUGGCGAUUCAGUGAACAUGACGCAAGUGACGUUGCAUAGCAACGAAGCGUCGGCGAUCGCCGAGUACACGUUUACAAACGGCACUGUGACAAGCGGUCAUUCGACCGAUCUAGUCAUCCGACUUACUACUGUCGACGUGAAUGCCGUGAAGGCGGAGAGAUCGCUUGCCACGAGGAGAAACAAUACGUUUUUGUCUCUCACCAGGUUUGGUUUGACUGACAUGAACGCCAAUCGCAUUUCUGCUCUGUCUCCAACUGCAGCCUAUUCAGUUUGUGCGUUCACGCAUGAUUCCAAGGAACCCGAGUUGGUCGACUUCGAUCUGGACAUGGAUGCCAACACGAUGACCUUAAGAUUCUCCGAGUCUGUUAACGUCGCAAGCCUCGACAUGACGAGAGUCACACUUGGUAACGGCGGGUCGACUCAGUAUACGUUCACUGGCGGUUCCAGUCUGUCGGAUAAUGGUCCGACGGUUGUUGUAAACCUAACCGUCGUUGAUCUGAACGAAAUCAAGGAUCUAACUGCACUCGCUGUGGAUGCCAGUACGACCUAUCUGAGUAUGCUUGUUGGCGCUGUUAAGGACAUGAACGAUAACGAAUUGCUUCUUACGUCUGGAAAACUAGUGACACGAUACACUGUCGACAGGGUACCACCUGCUCUUGUUGAGUUCAAUAUGACGAUGAGAGGCGGUGUGCCACCACUAGUUUUUAUACUCACUUUUUCGGAAACUGUUUACGCUAGCUCUCUUUCUCCUACGGAGUUAACGCUGAUGAUUGCCGCCAAUUCGACGUCUCUACGUGAAGUCUACACUUUGACGGGAGGAAACGUGUCGACCGAGAACUCGACUGUCGUCGAGCUUGUGGCGUUGGACGACGACCGACAGGGUAUUAAGACUUUGCCUCCGCUCGGUCAGACGGUGGCUAACAGCUUUCUGUCUAUCACUAGCGACGCUAUGAGAGACAUGGCUGGAAAUGCUGUGACUCGUCUGUCGCGAUCUUUUGGACAACAAGUGAAAUACCACACUGCUGAUCUUACGCCACCCGUUCUCAACUUUUUCGAUCUAGAUAUGGACAGUGGAGAAUUGUUUUUGACUUUCUCCGAGGACGUCAUACUUCAGACUUUCAUUUCCACAAGACUAACUCUUCAAUCCCUGAACUCUUCUGGCACAACGUUCAAGUUUACGGGUGGAGAGUACAAGCUUUCUUCUCCAAGUGUGGUGGUUCUUACUCUGCUUGCGAGGGACUUGAAUGAGAUCAAGAGGCUUUCGGACUUGGCAAUCAGUAAGGAAACUACAUAUCUAUAUAUGCAGAAAGAUACUAUCCGGGACUUGGCCAACAACGAAGUCUCUCCGAUUAACACCAGCGAUGCUCAAUGGGUAAAAACAUACACUCCGGAUACGACGAGAACGACCCUGUUGACAUUUGAUAUAGAUAUGAACAGCAAGGUGAUCACCCUGGAGUUCGACGAGACCGUCAACGCGACGUCAUUUCAACCGCAGUUUCUCACCAUCCAAAAUCACAGAACUCAACCGACAGAGUUUUACACUCUUACGGGCGGCAGCACGAACUCGAGCGACGGCACAGUCAUCCGAUUCACUGUGACCUUCCAAGAUAAGAACGAGAUCAAGGCACGUGCUGAGACUGCUACCGAACCUUCGAAUACGUACCUGUCGACGACCACACAGUCUAUACGAGACAUGGCCGGUAACACCGUGAGGCUCAUCCGCAUGCGCGCCGCCUUGGCAGUGAGAGUCUACGUUGCCGAUGCUUAUCGACCUAACCUCUUGACGUUCGACGUAGACAUGGACGCUGGUCUGUUGAUACUUCACUUUGACGAGACGGUCAAUAUUACAACGCUGAGGGAGACCGCAUUUACUCUGCAAGAUAAUGCCACCACAGACAAGAUCAAUCACACUCUGACGACAAGUUUGACGAGUGAUGACGACACUGCUGACGUCACCAUCGUGUUUUCCGCCGCCGACUUGAACGAAAUAACUCGCAAGCAAUUCUGCAUUAGCAACAACACGUGCUAUUUGACUUUCGAAGAUGCCGCCGUUUUCGAUAUGGUCGAUCGCGCGAUCGACGGUAUCCCAGAUGGGCACGGCGUUCAGGUGUCGGAAUACACUCCGGACACGUCGUCGCCGUCACUGUCCGAAUUCACGAGCAUCAACUUAGAGACAGGAGUGAUCGUUCUUACCUUCAAUGAAACGGUGAACAUUACGUCAUUGCAGUACACCUCUCUGACAUUACAGAGUCUAUUCGAAGAUCCGCUCUCGAACCUGACUUUGUCGGGAGGUGAGACUCUAGUAACUGAGGAUACAACUACUGUUGCGUUCAAGAUGGUGUAUGACGACUUAGUGAAACUGAAAACAGAUCACGAACUGUGUACUCGUAGAGGCACAUGUUACGUCACACUCACAGGCGCGUUGGUAAGGGACAUGAGAAACAACAAGGCAGACCCCAUCAGGCAAGGCUUCCCUGGUACCAUCGUUAAGAACUUUUACAAAGACAAGACGGCACCCAUACUGGAAACCUACGAUCUUGAUAUGAACACUAACGAGCUCUCGCUAACCUUCACUGAGCCCGUCAACGCAGCCAAGUUUGAUGCAACGCAGAUUACACUGCAGGGAGAACCCAAUGUCACUGAUGAGAAACUGGAGUACACGCUGUCGUCCGCAUCCUCGACGACGAGUCCAAACGGGAGGUUUAUUGUCAUCACUCUAUCACCGAGCGAUGUUAACGCCAUCAAAGCGAGAUCGUUUGCCAAGAGCCGGAAUGAUACUUACAUCAGACUGACCGAGACUGUUAUCGAAGAUAUGGCUUACACACCUAAUCUUGUGCAACCUGUUGUGAACGGACAGGCGGUGCGCGUGAUUGGGUACACACUCGACAUGACCGCUCCCGAACUGUCGUGCUACCAGUUGAAUUUGGAUAAAUCUCAAUUAAUUUUGACGUUUAAUGAGCCUGUUAUCGAUACAAGUCUCGUCUGCGAUCGAGUCCACCUUCACUCUCAUUCAACGUCAGGACAAGGUGCUGACCUGACUCUUACAGACUGCCAGGUGGUCGCCCACACUGACAACUACGGCACGAGCAUCGUCACCAUCGAUCUCUCGCGACGCGACGUCACUACCAUCAAGACGGACUCCACAUUCGGCUCGCAGGUCAACAAUACUUAUUUAUCAAUCGAUAUCGAUGCCGUCAACGACACGAGCAUGGUCGGAGUCGUUAAUGCGUCUCGAGUGCAGACUUGCGAACACCGCGACGACUUAAAUCGGCCGUCGUUGACGAAGUUCAAUCUCGACAUCGAAAACGGUUUUCUCAAUCUUACCUUUGACGAUGUCGUCGUGGCGUCGACACUUAAAGCGUCUGCGUUUACGAUACAAAACGCUCUUACAGCUAGUCUGUCUGUAACAUUGAGCGACGCGAGUAGAACGAGCAGCCCCGACGGAUACGCAAUUUCUAUCGCACUCUCGCAUGAGGACUUGUUCAGGAUCAAGUCGGUCUACGGUUUAGCGACGGGAGUCGAGAAUACUUAUCUCACGUUGUCGGCGUCGGCAGUUGACGAUCACGCCGGUUUCGACGUCACUCCGAUCACCGACGGAAAAGCCAAGAAAGUUUCAGUGUUUGUCCAGGAUACGACCGAACCGCGUCUCGUCAGCUUUGAUCUGGAUAUGGAUCGCGGACUUGUGACGCUGAGCUUCUCUGAUACAGUCAAUACAACGACAUUCGUUCCCCAGUGGAUCACCCUGCAUGGCAACAACAGCGGGACUUCACUAAACGCGUCGUUUUCAAUAACGGGUGGAAAUGUGGAACGGUCGGAGGACGGUACGGCCAUUCUUUUGUUUUUCAGCGUCGAAGAUCUGAAUGAGGUUAAAAGGAACACUCGAAUUGCUACCUCAAGCGACACCAGUUAUUUAUCCAUUCGAAACGCUACAAUACAGGAUCUGGCUCGAAACGAUUUGAUUGGAAUUUCUGCAUCUGACGUUAUACAAGUUAGUCAAUUUACCAACGACAGCACCAGUCCGGAACUCCUUCAUUUCGAUGUCGACAUGGACGCUCGCACACUGACUUUGGAGUUUUUGGAGACCGUUAGGGCUUCUACUAUUACUCCUUCGGCCGUGACGAUUCAGAGUGUACGAAAUGCGACGAUGGUGACGCCACUUAGUCAUACCUUGGAAGGCGGAAGAGGAUCAGUAGCUGACAGCACAAUCGUGGUGCUCUAUUUGUCGGACGAAGACGUGAAUGCUCUGAAUAGAAUUCGUGGUCUUGCGACUUCUAUGUGGGACUCUUACUUGGUCGUUACCAGCACUAUGAUUGCAGACAUGAAUGAUAACUUCGUGGAGCCAAUCGAGUCCACAAGUGGACUGCGUGUGAGAAUGUUCACUCAGGAUGUGACCAGACCCAGUCUUGUCUCGUUCGAUCUCAAUAUGGACAGCGGGAAUUUGACCAUGACAUUUGAUGAGGUCAUCAACGCUCGUAGGUUUUUGCCAACAGAGAUAACACUCCACGAGGCAACGAACAGAACGAAUUCAACCACGUUAACCAUCACAGGAGGUACGACGUCAGUGAAGGAUGACACCGUGAUCGACCUUGCUUUCUCCAUCGAUGAUCUGAACGAGCUGAAACGACUAGAGCAUCUUGCCAUUGAUGUCAACAGUUCCUACUUGACGCUGACUUCUCUUGCAGCCGAAGACAUGAACGGAAAUCAAAUUCACGCGAUAAAUGUUUCGGAAAUAGUGCGGGUUGCUACUUUUACCAGCGACACCACAGAACCAGUUCUUGUCACUUUCUCUUUGGAUAUCGACAGUGGUGUGGUGACAUUGGUGUUUGAUGAAACAGUCAGAGCGUCUACCUUCGUAAUCGGACGCGUUCUUCUGCUGAAUUCUUCGUCUGGUAGUAGCAGCAGCGUAUACCGUCUCAACACCAGUAGCUCUUCAGUAGAAGAUUCGACUACCGUAGUAAUAUCUUUGUCCGCCGAUGAUCAAAACGCCAUCAAAUUGAAUCGCGCAUUAGCGACGGACGCGAAUCAAACGUACAUACUUUUGGAGGCUGUCACCGUGGAGGACAUGAAUAGAAACAGUCUUGUCGCCAUGACGACAGCUUCAAGGGUUGUGACGUACACCGCCGACUUGACUCCGCCACGUCUUUCAAGUUACGUCUUCGACUUGAACUUUGGACAAGUGACGUUAACUUUUAAUGAGGCAGUUGACAGUGAGUCUCUCAAGGCUUCGACUCUUACUAUUCAAUCAACUGUAGACACUAACGUAUCGACGCUGUCUUACACUUUAACCAGCAGCAGCGGUACCGCAACUGCUAACGGUGUCGUGCUUGUGUUGGACAUAUCUGAGUCAGACUUGAACGAAAUCAAGAAGAGAUCAUCUUUAGCUAUCGGAACAAACAGCACGUACGUAUCGUAUUCGUCUGACUUUGUGAGCGAUAUGGCUUAUCAUAAAAUCGUCGAGGAGUCGUCUGGGAAACAGACCGCCAUUUUUGUGAAUGACGUCACACCUCCGGAGCUUAGAUUGUUUGAACUUGACUUGCAGAAUGGAACUCUGUUGUUGUCUUUCACGGAAACCGUAAACGUCAGCUCGCUUAACAUCGAGAAACUGACACUGCAGAAUGAGGCUUCAGAUCCACCGUCGACGUCUUAUGAUCUGACUAGUGGGUCGUACAGCUUGGAAGACGGUCCGAGAAUUGUCAUCACUUUGUCUGACGUUGACUUAAAUUCUAUCAAAGCUGACGAUGUGUUGGCCGUAGGCAUCAACUCGACGUAUCUGGUUGCUACCAUGGAAACGAUAAGCGACAUGAGUGGGAACGCUCUUAAAGCCAUUGUAUCAAGCGAGGCUCAGAAAGUUGUUCGAUUCGUUGAAGACAGAGUUAGACCAACGCUGGUGUCGUUCGAUCUAGAUAUGGACACUGGAACAUUAACAAUGAAAUUCUCUGAGAGCAUGGAGGCUUUCUCUCUCCGAGUCACUCAAUUGUGGCUGAGAGACACAGACGUGAAUGCCAGCAGUGUGCAUCGUCUGACCGGGUCGGUGUCCGAUUCUUGGAAUUACACCUCUGUGACAGUUCAACUCGUGGCGUCAGAUCUCAACAUUAUUAAACUCAAUAGACGACUGGCUACUGGAUAUGGCAACACGUUCUUGGCGUUUAAUGCAACAACCGUCAGUGACAAGAACGGCAAUCAAGUGAUGGAGCUAUCUGGUGAUCGUGCCCUUAACGUUUCACUCUUCACUCCGGAUACGACUCCGCCUACUGUUACAAACUUCGAUCUCGACAUGGAUCAUCCUCAAGAACUCGAUCUUACGUUCGACGAACCGGUCGAUAGCACGACAAUCAACCUGACGCGAAUCACGUUGCAGUCGGGCGAGUCCUCACCUGCAUCCGAGAGCUACUCGUUGACAGGCGGUACCGUUCUGUCGAACGAUUCGACCAUCAUCAAGGUUGCCAUUUCGUUUAUGGAUGCAACGAACAUUCAGGCUAUUAGAGCGUUGGCCACAGAAAAAUCAAACACAUAUCUAGCGAUCCUAGAAUCUGCUGUGAUGGAUAUGAAUUACAAUGGAAUUGUUGCCGUGGGUAAUGGUAGUGUUAUCGGAGCCGGCGAUUUUGUGACAGACAGUACUGAACCAUAUCUUGAUGCUUUCACACUGGACAUGAAUAUCGGACGAUUGACUUUGACGUUUUCCGAGACGGUCGACGUUGGUAGCUUCGACGAGACGAAGUUGAAUUUCCAGAGAAGACCGGGCAGUCUGACGAUCGUCCCGGCUCUGAACUUGGGACCGGGAAUGAAGAGUGCUCGAGAUUCAUACAUCAUACACUUCGAUCUGUCGAAGUCAGAUCUCGACUUAUUGAAGGAAAAAGCCAUCGACGACCUUGCCACUGCAAUCAAUACAACCUAUAUUAGUUUUGUUGAUCCGAACACUGUUGUAGACAUGGUGGGAAAUACCGUUGUGACCGUCUUGACGGAUACCGCCAAGGUUGCCGAUGUUUAUAUCCGGGACUCUACUCCAGUCAAGCUACUCGACUUCAACUUCGACAUGUCUGAUGAGGGUAUUCUUUUGUUGACAUUCUCUGAGACGGUAGACGUGACGACGCUCAAUGCUACUGCGUUUGAGUUCCGUAAUUCUCGACUUGAAGCGAACGCCACAAGUCAAGUGUCUCUCACGUCUGUCGAGGCUUUGAAUACUAAUGCUGUUGUUGUUCGAGUGAAAGUAUCUGAGGACGACAUGAACGUUGUGAAGAGACACGUGGAUCUAGCAACGUCGACUGUUGAUACCUAUCUCUUCCUUUACAGCGAGGCGAUCAAUGACAUGGCAGGAAAUCUGGUUUCAGGAGGGAAUGGAUCUGCAAUUGCAGUAACCAACUACACUGCUGAUGUUACCCGCCCUCUUCUGACGUCAUUCGGUCUCGACAUGGAUUCGAGUGUCUUUUCGUUGACAUUUUCGGAGACGGUGAAUUCUAGUUCUCUGUAUAUUCCAGGCAUUCAACUCCAACCGAACUCCGAUGCUAAUCACUCGCUUUAUAGACUGACCGAAGGUGUCGGACCAACAUCGGACUAUCACAUUCUCGACAUCAACAUAUCCGUGACGGACCUGAACGAGAUCAAGAAACUAACCCGUCUUGCUACUAGUCCAACCAAUACAUAUGUUUCAAUCACGAACUUGACGGUUCAAGACAUGGUAGGCCUUCCUGUCCGUCCAUUGUCACGUGACUCAGCACUGAUUGUAACUAAUUCGGAGUACGUUCGAGAUCGUACCGCGCCGAUUUUUGAGAGAUUCUCUUUGGACGUCGACGCCGGUACUCUGGAAGUAACAUUUGACGAAACGGUGGCCGUUUCUUCCUUGGGUCUUACCACAAAACACGUGACUUUUAUGUCCGAUAUCAAUGGUACGCAGCAAUACACACUAUCCGGCGGUAGUCUAUUGACCACCGACGCGCCAGUGGUGCGAUUGCGUUUGGCUAAGAUAGAUCUGGACGCGUUGAAGUUGGACACAAACCUUGCCACGACGUCGAUGAACACGUAUCUGAGGCUCAAGGACGGAGGCGUGACAGACAUGAGUGAUAACUCCGUGAGAGCAACGACGCACACCGUGAGUGUCCAUACUCCUGACACCACAUCUCCCAUGCUCGUCACAUUUUCGAUGGAUCUCGACUUGGGCGUCCUCUAUCUCAACUUCGACGAACCCGUCGACGUCGACACUCUUUUAUUUGACAAUAUAACGCUACAGUCCAGUUCUUCCGGUGGCUUUAAUUACACCCUGACCGGCGGAUCAACCAAUAAUAACGCCAGUGGGUUGAAAAUGGACGUGCAACUGACGACCGUCGACUUGAACGAAAUUAAGAAGAACAGCAUGUUGUUUGUCGACGAAAACUCGACGUACAUCAGUUUUCCGUCGACGACAGUUCGCGACAUGGUAGGCAACUACGUCCGUGAGAUCAACGAUUCGUCGGCAACAAGAUCAUCUCUCUUUGUCUCCGACACGACAAGCCCGCGUGUCUUAGCGUUCGAUUUGGAUAUGAACGUCGGGGCAUUGACCAUGAGAUUUAGCGAAACCGUCGACGUCUCCUCGAUCGACGUCACUGGCAUUACCCUCCAGGUUUCAUCCGACGUCGACUCGCCGACCGAUCAAUACACUCUCGUCGACCGGCGGCUGACGGCAAACGUCGACGGCACCGAGCUCACACUCAAUAUCAGUCUCGACGACCUGAACAACGUGAAGGCGCGAGGAAUCGGACUGUCGAACGCGCGGACGUGGAUGCUUUUGAGUAACACGUCGAUUGUCGAUAUGAACGGGCGGUACGUCGUUCCGCGCCUCGACGGCAUCAACGCCGUCGGCGUCGACAACUACACGACGGACACGACUCGACCGACGCUCGACUCGUUUAAUAUUAACUUCAGCGAGGAGACUAUCACAUUGAGCUUCUCAGAGACCGUCGAUGCGAGCAGUAUCAACGUCACUCUGUUUACUAUUUUGUCUGACGGAAAUUCGUCGAUCGCAUUUACGUUGACGGAAACGAGCGAAGCGAGUCAAUUUGACCGUCCGGUUAUUGUGAUCACGAUGAGCGAGGAAGAUCUUAAUGAGCUGAAAAAGCAACCGCAACUCGCUGUAUCCAAGGAAACGACUAGACUGUCUAUUACUGCUGAUAGUGUCACGGACGUGUUUGGUAACAACAUAAUUGAAAUACCACAAUCUUUCCCCCUGACGGUCGCCAACUAUUCUUUCGAUACCGUUCGUCCAGUUCUCGAGUCGUUCAAUCUGGAUAUGAACUUGGGAUACCUGACGAUCUAUUUCUCGGAAACCGUCAACGUUACAUCUCUAGAUAUGACCGAGAUACAGUUGCUGUCCAACGCGACCGACGAGGACACAGUGACGUUCACCUUUACUGGCGGCGAUCCUGGACUUGUGGACUCGUCCGUCGUGACCGUGGAGAUACUCGACGUCGACUUGAACGAGAUCAAGAGACUAACACAGUUGGCGACACCCGACGGUAAUACAACGGCCAACACUUUCUUAUCACUUAGUGCGUUUGCCAUUCGAGAUAUGAAUGAUCAACCGGUAGAAGAGAUCAUUCCUGCAGCAGCAUUGUCUGUUGACGUCUACACUCAAGACUCGAUUUUACCCAAAUUGGUGAGUUUCGCGUUGGAUCUCGACACUGGGGUGAUUGAUAUGCAAUUCAGUGAAACCGUGAAUGCGUCUUCGUUCGAUGUCACUCACAUUACUAUUCGCAACGAUGAAUUCAACGCUUCGGAAUGGGUGUCGUUAACAUCCGGGACUCUCCAAGGUAGUGACGCUACCUCGUUACGGGUGAAUAUGUCUGUGACUGAUUUGAACGAGCUGAAACGUUUGACGGGAUUGGCAACGUCGCAGGCGAACACGUUUAUUUCGGCCACUCAGCUGGCUGUGUCGGACAUGAAUGGAAACUUGUUGAUCGAGAGACUCAUCAACAACUCACUUCAGACUGAAUUGUUUACUUCUGAUCGAACUCGUCCCUACUUGGUGUCUUACGACUUAGACAUGAACGGAUCUAAUAUGACUCUUACGUUUUCGGAGACCGUCAAUAGUUCGUCUUUCCGGGCAUUCGCGUUUACGUUCCAGAACGGUCGUAGCGUUAUCCCGGAUGUAACCAAUUCGUAUACUCUGACUGCGAGCUCGACACUGCAAGAGACAGGUGACGAUACUGUCUUAAUUGUGAAGAUAUCUACAGACGACGUGAACAAUCUCAAGAAAUGCCCGCGUUUGGCCACGUCUGCGAACACAACGUAUUUGAGUUGGAGCCAGGUGGGUAUCCGGGACAUGGACGGCAACACGUUAAUACCCAGAGAUGUGAAUAACGGACUCAGAGUUAAUGAUUAUAUUCAAGACUGUACGCGACCGCGUCUCGUUGGCUUCGAUGUGGAUAUGAACACUGGCCAGUUGACGUUACGGUUUAGUGAAGCGGUCAAUAGAACGACGCUCGGAUUGGACAAGUUCAGCGUGCAGGAAUCUGCGAGUCCGUCGAACGUCACACAUCGACUAGAAGAGAACUAGAGACUUAUUUACCAAGACUUGAUUGGACCGUCUAUUAAUUGAUAUAUAGUUAGUCUUUUUAUUCUGAUUUCUGAAUGGAACGAUUACUUACUUGCAUUUUUCUGAUUGUAUUUCUGUAAUUUUCUGAUUUUGGUAGUCUUGAUAAUCUUGCAAAUGUAUUUUUGUACUUUGUCUGAAAUAUAUUAUCAUCAGUAUUAUUAUUUUUA